UCGGGGCUUAUAGAAAUUAAAUGUUCUAUUUCAUCCGUUUACUUGAUAUUGGUUAUAUUUAUAUCACCAAAUUAUAGCAGCAAUGGAAAAUCAAAAGGAUCUGGUCACCCAGCGCACCUGGCGCCGCAUCUUGGAGCACCUGACCCCGGUGAAGGGAUACAAAGCGGCAGAGAGGAAAGUCAGCUGGUACCGAGGACUGUCCCAAUCCCAGAUGGCGGCAGCAAAUGCAUUGUUCGAUAUCCUGAGGGAAAAUAUGGAUAAGAAUACCACCUCUAAUGUUGCGAAGCUAAUGGUGAAACUGGGACUCCAUCCCAAUCCGCCGUGGAAAACUCUGCAUAUGGUGAUCAAACUGAGCCGGGGUAAUGAUCUGGCCUUCCUCUGGUUCCUCAUGGAAAUGUGCUACAAGACACCCAAUCACGGCGAGACCUACAGUGUCAACGAGCAGAUCAUCAUGACGGCUAUCUUCCGGUUGGACCUCUUUCCCACUCUGAGGGAACUGGACCGCUGGCUGCCCCUGCCACAUUCCUCGCAAUCGGAUAGGGAUAAAGCAGACGCCCUAAGGCAGAGAAAUCAGAGAUUGAAGAAGGAAAAGGAGGAUGAGCGCCAAGGGGAAUUGGCCAGAAAGGCAAAGAUCGUGAGACCUCUAUCUCCUUACUUUCAGGAACCCAAUAUACCCGGAAGGAUUCGAAACGAGCGAAAAUUGCUGUCGGACUAUCCAGACACUGCAGCCACUCUUUUUCACAUGGAUGAGGAACCCCUCGAAGCUUACCUCUGGUCCCGCUGGUUCGGAACCUACACCUUGAACGACGCCCACCGCGUGGGAAAAUCCAUAAUCUUCGAGGAGAUUAACAGCAUCUUCAAGUCCUUCAAGGCAGCCUCAUUGCCAACCCGCGACGUGGAAUCCUUAUGUGCCCAUCAUCAGUACAUUCGGGAGAUGGAAAAGUCCCUAAAGGACAAGCUGGAGAUGAUGAAGCGGAGAAAGUGCGUGGAGCUCAUCGAAGCGAAAAAUAGACUGGAGGAGAGAAAGCGUAAGCGGGUGAUUCAGGAGCUGGAAGAAAUGAGUGCCUGCUACUUGAAGCGGUUCCAGGAAAUGGCGGCCAGAGCCAGAUUGGCCUCCACCAGUAAGACUCUGUUUGGAGGCAGUUCCGUCAAGGCAUCUUAUUUUGGCUGCCCCAAUAAUGAGAUCAGGUGUCAGACAUUUGAGGCGGAACGGGUAACGGAAAAUCAUAUAAGUGAUAGACCCAAAAGUGGAAGUGGUGGUGAUAUUAGGCUAACAAGCGGGGCAGAGGCCAAAACGAAAACCAAAUCUAGAUCUCGAUCCAGAUCUAGCUCAAAAAGCAGGAGAUCAAGGAAGCCUCAAAGUAAAGCGCGAUCCACUAAAGAGCCUGAAGUAGUGGUAGAAGCUCCUGUACUCCCUCCCAGAACGGCCAAGGAAGAUUUUCGCGAUAUCACGAUCAGAUUAUUGAAAGGAGAAAACCCCAUCUUAAAAGGGUGUCCCGACUUUCAAUUGGAUCCUCCACACUGCGCCAAGUGCCUAAUUUUCGACCCCCAAAGGGGCUUACCCCAAAAACCACAAAAAAAACACCGGCCUAGUAGCCUAAUGCAGUUCCUACAAAAUUGCGCCUCUGAAGGGAAUGAGGAGGAGGAUUCCCACCACGAAAUGGCUGCUAAUCCUUCCGCCCAUUCCGUUCAGGAACCAAAGCUUUUCGAUCUGGGACUUUUAGGAAGGAAUUGCGCGAGGUUCAACUAUCGUGAGUUGUUUGGCUCGCUGCAGAGGACUCAAUUGGACGACGAACGGAUGCGUCUAAAGGAGGCCUUUGUAAGAGCCAUCGACGAUGAUGUUCAGUACCUCAGUGCGGCCUUAAGUGGCGAGGAAGAGGGUUCUCUGGAUGCUUUGGUGGACCGAGCAGCCAAGAGGGUGUUUGCGCAAGAUGUUAAGGCCUUUCACGAGGAGCUAAAAAAAAUGAAUAAGCAAAAGGCUGCUAAAGAGUAUAAUCCCGAUUCUCGUUUGAAUUUCGGCCAAGAGUUUUACGAUCCCGAGAAUAUCCCCUUGAUGAAGGAGAUGUUAAGGUUGGGCCUCGAGAAGGUGGCCCAGGACAAGAGAUAUGUAUUGCCCACCCUCCCCGAUGUCCACUCUGUGCCCUACCUCAUCGAAUGGAUACGAUUACGUUAUGGAAAACGCUAUUCCUAUGGGGAAAAGAAACAGAUUUUGAAUAGAGAUAAGCUGGUAAUGGAUCAAAUAACAUGGAUGAUGCACACCAACCUCGAGAAGAUUCCUACCCUGCCGGUUGGAGACAACUUUACUGACUUGGCCAAGCUGAGGGGGCUGACCAAGAAGCUCAGGGAACGCUAUACCAAUAAGUUCCUUGAAGCCAUCAUGGAAGUGGAGAGGGUCUUUUAUUCGGCCAUGAAACCCCAUCUCUGCAAUUUAGCAACUGAAGAGACCUUUUUGGCCUACUUGCCCGCCCAUUUCCACGACCUGGGCUUCACUGUUAAUACCGUAAGCUGAGUAAUGAAAAUUUCCUAUGAACUGGCCAACUAGUACAUAAAUAUGCCUUUUUUUCCAUA